UCAGCGACUGCUGGUUCUGAACCCGCCUCCGGCGCUCCCUGUUGCCGGGCCCUGAGCAAGUGGCUUCAUGAACCCCGUGACGUUGGCCGUGGAGAUAAGACCACUGGGUGAUGGUUUAAGGAAAAUAAUGUGCAAAGGGCUAAGGACUGUCCGUGGAAAUCAGGGGUGCAGGGGAAAUGGAUAAACAGCCAGAGGUCAACUCGGACUUUGUACACAGGACAUGGUGCCAGGGCCCUGCCGGGAAGUGCAGAUCGAAGCUAGGCUCACGAGGAGGCUGGAGGUGGGGGGUGGGGCUGGCCCAGGGCUGGGUUGGGGAGGCAAGGGACGGACAUGGACUUCCUGGGCUGGGCUCUGUGACUGCAGAGUAGACUCUGUCCUGGGACUUGGUGGUGCUACCCCUGGCCUCCCACAGUCCUGCCACCCUGCCGCUGCCACCAUGCUGCCCCCUGGGACUGCGAUCCUCUUGACUCUGCUUCUGGCAGCUGGCUCGCUGGGCCAGAGGCCUCAGAGGCCACCCCGGCCCCCAUCCCCCAUCAGCACCAUCCAGCCCAAGGCCAAUUUUGAUGCUCAGCAGUUUGCAGGGACCUGGCUUCUUGUGGCUGUGGGCUCCGCCUGCCGUUUCCUGCAGGAGCAAGGCCACCGGGCCGAGGCCACCACACUGCACGUGGCUCCCCAGGGCACAGCCAUGGCUGUCAGUACCUUCCGAAAGCUGGACGGGAUCUGCUGGCAGGUGCGCCAGCUGUAUGGAGACACAGGGGUCCUCGGCCGCUUCCUGCUUCAAGCCCGAGGCGCCCGAGGGCCUGUGCACGUGGUUGUCGCUGAGACUGACUACCAGAGUUUCGCCAUCCUGUACCUGGAGCAGAGGGGGAAGCUGUCAGUGAAGCUCUAUGCCCGCUCGCUCCCUGUGAGCGACUCGGUCCUGAGUGGGUUUGAGCAGCGGGUCCAGGAGGCCCACCUGACUGAGGACCAGAUCUUCUACUUCCCUAAGUAUGGUGAGUGUCCCCAGCAGGUUCCCGGCUCAGCCACCCCCACUCUCUGGGCUGAUGUCCAGCCUGACCCCUGCCUUGGGCCCCCAGGCUUCUGCGAGGCUGCAGACCAGUUCCACAUCCUGGACGAAGUGAGGAGGUGAGGCUGCCGCGCAGCUCCAGUGCUGAGAAGUCAGUGCCCCGAGACGACCCCAUCAGUGGGGUGCCCGCUGCCCGUCCUCCGUGAGCCCCCAGCCUCAGAUCAGGGCCCUGCCACCCGGGGUGGGGGAUCUUCUGCCAGCUGCCCCAGAGGACAGUGGGUGGAAUGGUACCUUCUUAUUAAAUGUCUCAGACCCC